AUGGUGACAUCUUCUUCAUGUUCCAACGUCAACGUAGGACCAGAAGUGUUCAUCAACUUCCGAGGAAAAGAGCUGCGCAAGAAUUUCGUCUCCCAUCUCUAUAAAGCAUUGCGCCAGAGUGGGAUCAAUGCUUUCAUAGACUCUGAUAUGGUUGUGGGCGAUAAACUCACAACCCUUUUCAAAACAAUCGAGGAGUCCAAGAUAGCGUUGGCGAUUUUAUCGAGCAAGUACACGGAGUCACAAUGGUGUCUGGAGGAGCUGGUGAAGAUAAAAGAAUGUAGUACCAAUGGGGAAGGAUGCAAAAAUCUAGUGGUCAUUCCAAUCUUCUACAAGCUAGACAUAUCUAUCGUGAAAGAGCUUAAAGAUGAUUUCGGUGUUAACCUAUUGAAUGUGUGGAGGGAACCAGGUGGCGUUCGAGACGACCGGAUUGUGAAGUGGAACGAGGCUUUGCAGGAUAUGCUGAGCAGAGCGGCUUUGAUAUAUGACGGAAGCAUAGAGGAGAAUGCUUUCGUGGCUAAGAUCGUCAGAAAGGUUAAUGAUGCCCUAUACCUAAUUUGGGAGCAAAGUCAAGCAAACCCUAAAACACAGGAGGGAGGAGCAGAAGAAAUCUCUAACCCUCCGAAAUUCAAGACAUAUAUAGUAUUGAGCAGUGCUGGAAUAGGAGAAAAACGCCUGAAGCAAUUGGAAGAAAAGUUGGAUGUGGACUGCAAUGAAGAUGAAACUCGUUUUCUUGGAAUUGUCGGGAUGGCUGGAAUCGGCAAAACCUAUCUCGCCAAGAAGCUCUUUGUCAAGCUUGAGAUGAAGUUUGGCCGUGCCUUGAUUAUUGAGUUCGACUGCGAUAACUCGAAUUGGUUGGAGAAGAGACUUGUGGAAGGUUUAUUGAAGAAAGAUGAUCCCAGUUUAAUAUUCGCCGAUGGGAACUCGCUUGAAGACUGGAAGAAUCUUCUAAUUGAGAAGAAAGUCGUGGUUGUAUUCGAUAACGUGAGUGACAAGAAACAUUUGGAGCCGCUAAUGGGGGUCUGUGGUUGGAUUAAGAGGGGGAGCAGGAUCGUUAUCACAACACGGGACAAAUCAUUGUUGACCGAGGGAUUAACUGAGUGUAAUCUAUACGAGGUCCCUGGAUUGACUGAGCGAGAGGGUUUAGAGCUUUUCAGGGACACAAUCGGCACUACUCUUGAGGAGAACUUCAUGGAGCUAUCAAGAAAGUUAGUGGGUUUUACAGGAGGCAACCCAUUAGCUCUCGAGGCAUUCGGUGAGGAGCUUCGUGGGAAAGACGAGGAUCACUGGGAAGCAAGACUUACAACACUCACAAAAGUUUCCAGUGAGAAGAUUGGGAAGCUGUUGAGAACCUGCUUCGAUGGUCUAAACCAGAAGCUGAAAGAUGCGUUUCUUGAUAUAGCCAUUUUCUUUAGAUCACAAGAUGAGAAAUACGUCAGAAGCUUACUUGAAUCUUUCGACACUGACACAUCCAAAGCUGGCACGGAAUUUAGAGAGCUUGUAGACAAGUUCUUGAUUGGCGUAUCGGAUGGCCGAGUUGAGAUGAAUAAUAUACUAUCGACAAUGGCUAUGGAACUUGUUGAAACAAGUGGAGGAAAAUAUUUGUCACUUCCAUCAGAUUCUGCAGGAUCUAGUACUGAUGCCCUGAAAAACAAACAGGUAAGCCUUGAUCAACAGGGAAAAGAAGGGGUUAGAGGUAUUAUCUUAGACAUGUCUAAUAUGGAGGAGAAGCCCUUGGACAACCAAACUUUUGUAAGUAUGAGUAGUCUACUCUACCUGAAAGUCUACUACUCUCUCUGUACUAUGCACUCUACAGCUGGGUGCAAGUUGAACUUACCAGACGGAGUUUACUUCCCAAAAGAUAACAUCCUCAGAUAUCUUGACUGGAUGAGAUUCCCGGGGAAGGAACUUCCAUCAGACUUUGAACCGACGAAUCUUAUCGAUCUUAGGUUGCCUUACAGCAAGAUUAAGUGUGUGUGGGACUGUGCUAAGGUUGCACCGAAACUGAAGUGGGUCGAUCUAAGUCACUCCAGUGAGUUAACUUCCAUUUCAAGUCUAUCAGAUGUGCCAAAUCUUAUAAGAUUAAACCUGGAAGGUUGCAUAAGUUUGAAGGAGUUGCCUGAGGAGAUGCAAAAGAUGAAGAAACUUGUUUUCCUGAACCUAAGAGGAUGCACAAGUCUCUUGUCUCUUCCAAAGAUCAGUCUGGAUUCCCUGAAAACUCUCAUUCUCAGCGGCUGCUCUAAGCUUCGGGCAUUUCAAGUGAUUUCAGAAAGUCUAGAAACUCUGUUCUUAAACGGAACUGCAAUAGAUGAACUUCCUCCAGCCAUUGGUACUCUCCACAGACUCGAAUUCUUGAAUUUGAAAGACUGCGCAAAUCUGGCGACUCUUCCUGAUUGUCUAGGGAAGCUGAAGUCUCUUCAAGAACUCAAACUCUCUCGUUGCUCAAAGCUUGAGGUCUUCCCUGAUGUAAAGGAGAUCAUGGAAAGCUUGCGGGUAUUACUGCUUGAUGGAACAUCAAUAACGGAGAUGCCAAGUAGUGUCAUCUACUUAUCCUCUCUGCGGCGUCUAUGCUUGAGCAGGAAUGACCAAAUCAGAAGCCUACAAUUUGACAUGGGUCACAUGUUCCAUCUGAAGUGGCUGGAGUUGAAGUAUUGUACUAAUCUCACAUCUCUUCCGAGACUUCCCCCUAAUCUUCAGUGCUUAAAUGCACAUGGCUGUAGUUCGCUAAGGACAGUCGCCAGUCCCCUAGACCUUCUGAUGUCUACUGAGCAGAUUCAUUCCACCUACAUUUUCACAAACUGUCAUGAACUUGAACAAGGCUCAAAGAAUGAUAUCAUAUCUUGUAUCCAGAAGAAAAACGAGUUGAUGUCAGAUGAUCGAUAUAAUCAGGAUUUUGUUUUCAAAGCCUUGACCAGUACUUGCUUUCCUGGAGAUGACAUACCUGCAUGGUUCAACCACCAAGUACUGGGGUCAGUCUUGAAGCUGGAGCUUCCUCAACAUUUGAAUACAUGCAGGUUUACCCGGAUAGCUCUCGCUGUUGUAGUCUCGUUUAAGGAGUACAGAUACCAAAACAACAGUACUCUCCAAGUGAAAUGCACCUGUGAGUUCACUAAUGCAUCCUUGAGUCCGGAGAGUUUCAUUGUUGGUGGUUGGUCGGAGCCAGGCGGUGAGCCUCAUACGGUUGAAUCGGACCAUGUAUUCAUUGGCUACACCACGUGGUUCAAUAUCAAGAAACGUCAACAGCUUUCAUCAGCUAAUGAAGUUUCCCUUAGAUUUGAAGUGACAAAUGGUACAAGUGCGGUUGCAGAGUGCGAGGUGAUGAAGUCUGGCUUCUCUUUGGUUUAUGAGCCUGAAGAAGCUGAGAAUACAUCUCGGGAUGCAACUUCAAGUUUGGAGAAAAGAAGCUCUUACACAGAAGAUGAUUACCCAAGUGGUAGUCCAACCGGAUUUGACUUUAAAAGGUACUUCAGUUUCUUAAGAAGAGCGCAAUGACCUGCCAAAUAUUAUAUGGCGGUAAAUGUCUGGGUAUCAAGCCCAACAAUAGAGAUCACUUUAGACCAGAAAAAAACCCAAUAGAGAUCACAUUUUGCGAGCUCUGUUUGAAGAAGUUUGGGUUUCGGUACUGCUCUGCUUACAAGUUCGACGUGGGUGCGUGAAGGUACAUUUGAAGAUGAAAAAAACAAUGCCAGAGUUGAGGCUCUGAAUCUUGAGAAAGAGACUUGGCUCGCUGAGUCAUGUGCUCUGCUGAUAACU